UCUUAAAAGGUCCACUCAAGUUGCAUUGUAUGAGUUGUGUUUGUAUAUGGUUUGCGUAUUGUUGUUUUGUGCAAUUUUUGGUACUACACACAAGCACAUGCGAAUCAGGCAAUAUUAUUUUAUCGUUUUUAAAACAGUGGCAAAAGUAUGAAUGUCGCAGAUUAUCUAGCAAGGAUUAACUAUGCUGGGCAGUUAGAGCCAACGUUGGAAAACUUGCGUAAGAUUACCUUAGCGCAUAAAUUAGCAGUACCAUACACCAACAUGCAAAUUCAUGGCGGUCCUCGAAUACGCCUGGAUCUAAAAAAACAAUUUGAGAAUAUUGUUACAAAUCGUGGAGGAGGCGUUUGUUAUGAACUAAACGGCUUGUUUGUUUGGCUUCUUCGUGAGUUGGGGUACAAGGUUAUUUGUGUGGAAUCUGCGUUCUUCAGUGACGGGAAGUUCACCUGCCAACGACAUCAUUUCGUUAUAACAGUUGAUUUCGAUGACCUUGGUCGAUACAUGGUUGACCCAGGAUGGAUAAUGGUUGGACCCAUGAAGUUUGUGACAAUGGUUCCCUAUUAUGAUGGACACCAUGUCUAUCGUAUAAGGCACGUCCCAGAUCAGGCUGACAAUUGGUAUUACUUUGAGAAGCACAAAAAGACCAUACUGGACAGAGAUGGAUGCAUUCUAAAGCAGGGACCAUCCGUCACAAAACCUACGUCCGGUUUUUGCGAUGAGGAAUGUGCGAAAGAGGAAUCUUCGCACUGGCAAUUUGAACAACGCAUUAAUGAUACUGAACAUCAGUUCGAAGAUUUCGUUGACAUGAUUGAUCAUCUAUAUGAGCCAGAUUGCAUCAUUACGAAAAAUGUUGCUUUGGUUCGAAUGAAUGAAAACUCCUACAGUCUCGCAUUCGGUGAUACGGCCUACACUAAAGAAGUUGUUGACCAUUUCACAGAUAAAAUAAUUAAAGAAGAUAAAUUGACGACGAAUGCCGAGGUAGAAUAUGUGGUAAAAAAUAAGUUCAGAAUUGCCUUACAUCACCCAGUAAAUUUUUUUAAAAGUUAAGAGAGUCACAAAUACGAAGUUCGAAUCAUGUUACGAGUAACUGAAAAACAACACUUCUCCCAGUUAGUAAAACACUAUUACGAGUGCACGUGUUGUUUAGCAUUUUAUACCACAAUUUUUCAAUGUUGAACAUUUUCAUAUUAAAUAAAUGUAAAAUAUAUAUAGUGGGAUGGGGAAGAUGGGACCACUUUUCAUUCUAUUUUCUCGUUCCAUUCGGUAUCAAAGAAAAACAAUAAAAAAAACUACAAAACUGUAUCCCCUUGACUCCCAUAUACCGUUAUUAAUUGUUUAAAACAUGAUCAGGAUAUUUGGAUAUUAUGUGCCAAAGGUGUCCCGUCCUCCCCACCCUUUACUAUUUCAUAUAUAAAUAUAUAUGUAUAUGUGUAAAGUGACCAUAGCCAGAGCUUUUAAUAACGUACUAAACUAAACCUGAUCGACUUUUUAAGACCUUGCACAUAAUAAAGCACAGAAUACCAAUGCC